GUGCGCGAAUUUCUGCCGCUCUCCUGUCACCUCUUUGUUUUGGUGGGUGGCCAUCGAACCGGCAGCAACAUGCACAAGGAUCCUAAAUGGUCGUCGGCUUGGAACACCUUGUUGUGCGGAAGAAAGCGUUGGGUGAUGUUUCCCCCUGACGUGCCCGCAGAAUCCAUUGGUGCCAUGGCAGGUGAUGCUUACAAG